AUGUCCGAAGAACCUGCUGGUUCGGGUAUCUAUUCAUUGCACACAUCACCGCCUUCCCGCUUACAUGCUGAACAAUAUUUAAAGGCAUUUGGCUGGAAAGGUUAUGGUCAUGGAUUACGUGCUAACAGCCUUGCAGUGCCGCUUCAGUUGCCGCCUGCAAGCAAACAGGGCCUAGGUAGUCAAGUAGAAGCCUGGUGGACACGUCUGCUUGAUACACGUCUUGCAUCUCUGGAGGUGGGAACUCAGCCAGAAAAAACAGCAACAGGCACAUCACAGGGACUUUAUGCACGUUUUGUCCGUGCAAACACAAAGUCAAGGCGAGAUAGUGCUUCUAAGCGGAAAAAAAGGGUAGUCAGAGGCGCAAUAGAGCGUCCUAUGUAUGAAUGUUCUCUGCAACGAUGA